AUGCCGAUAGAAUCACUGCCGGACCACUACGAGUGGUUCAGCGACCAAAUCGCCGGCCAUCAUCCUUCCGUUAUCAAAAAUGGCCGCCGAGAAAUUGGUUCGUUGAAAAAAAAAAACAUAGAAAAUGACAGUAGAGUUUUCAAAAGAAAUAAUAUAAAUAAGUUCUUGAAGAAUUUAGCUCCAAACGAAAACAAAGAAUGCUGAAAAGGCGAAAAAUGUUUUAAAACGAUUUUUAUUAAUCAAUAUUCAAUUUUUGAAAUUUUCCGUUGAAAUUUUGUUUUUGAAUUUCUCCUUUGCUCUAAUCUUUGAAAAAUAUAUUUAAAAAAAUAAAUGGAAAAGCGCGUGAGAAGAAGCACUAUGAAAAAAAUAUUUUUUUUAAGUUUCUUUGUUUUUGAGAAUUUUUCCGCGCAGUUCUGACUUUUUUUCGUUGAACGCUUCUCAAAGACCUGUUGCUCAUUAUAACUCUCAUUUGCUAGCCUGACCGUAUUGUGACAUUCGAUAUGGCCGACUCUGUAGGUAACUAAAUGGCAAUGGCGGCGAGGCAACAGCUGUCCAGACCACCCCCGAAAAAAGUUAAUAAUCUCCUCGAUUUGAAAUUAUUGCCGUGCACUUUUUGUUUCGAAAUUGUCGGCAAGAGCUUUUUGGCGCCAAGCUCUUCGAAUUAGUUCGAUGGAUUGAUACUUUGAUUUUAUUCUGAAACGAAUACGAGCUCAGCUUUCAAAUGAUUGAUGCCAUUUGUUUUGGAGGUGCGACUUUUGUUUGCACAGCUGGGUGUUACCGUCGGGACCCGCUUUUACGGUAUAACUUUUACUUUUCAGGCCUGCUCAAGUUUCCCGGAUCCAAGGAGAUUCUGAAGCCGAAGCAGGAUGCUGAAAGAGGCGACCGAGAGGUUUGCCUCAUGAAUUUUUCUGGCCACAGGGAAAAGCUAUGAAAUUACCAGUCUUCAUGCAUAUUAACAAGGGGAUGCACUAAAGGGGAAAAUUGUCAAUAAUAAACAUAAAUAAUUCAAAUAUCUGUGGGAGCUUCAUCUUAUUCAAUUCGAUAAAAAUAUAUUUCAGAACAGUUUGGAAAUCUGUUGAGAUAGGAUACAUAAAAAAAAGGUGUUGAAUAUAAAAACUGUUCAAGAGGGGCGUUUAAAGGAGCGUAAAGGAAAUUUUUGGAAAUGAUUUCCAGAAGGAAAGUCUUUUCAAGUGUUGUUUUAGGCCAUACGGACGCUUUUAUUUCUGAACUUUUAGAAACCCUAGAAAAGGUAUUCGAAAUAACUUUAGAUACUCUAGGUGUUCAUAAACCUUCCCGAGCGAUUUUCAAAUCAAAUCAUUUAUUUUGUUGUUUUAGUCUGAUGUAAUCAACUAGGCGGUGAACAAGAACUUUUUAAGCUAUAACGAACAACCGCCUUUGGCGAACUAGAAGUCCUAGGGUGUAGUCGUAAGAGUUGAAAGCAUGGUCUUACGGUCCUUCGCCCCGUCCUUCUGCGCGUAGUCCAUUCAGUUGCGCCUUGACGAGCUCAGAAUGUAGUGGGUGGUGUAGCUGGAGCCCGGAGACCGUGCUCUAGGUGGAAGCCUCAGAAGGAGAGCGACCACUUCGAGUGAAGAUUUUACACGGAAUUUUAUUAUAUUUUUUCCAAAGUUUUAGAACCUACUGCUCAUUAAGUCUAUUAAUAGAUAAUAAUCACAUUUUUGUGAUAAGAAUAUGAUCUUCCAACAAAAUCAGUAGUCAAGUAAGGACAAGGAUGACGAGUUGCGCGAGCCAUCGCUGGCAAACUUGACGGCAUCAAGUUACGCAACCGUUUUUCCGGUUUCCCCACGUCUGACUGCAUUUGAGGCGUGAACAUCGAGCCGCCGGAUGCGAGAUAACGCCAUAUCCGACCUCAGCUCGGUCUCGAACCGUCUUCGUAGCCUUCAACUUGCUCUGGAAGAGCCAGAAUCUGAUGAAGGUUUUUGAGAGGACCGUCUUGGACUAACCAGGGAAUGGUCUCCGGUCGUAGUGGGACCGAGUUUUCUAGAUGUAGGUUUGAUUUGAGAGCUAUUCUCAUGUCGAAAAGACCUACUUCUGAAUUUAGUUCGUUAGUUCUUUUUCUAAGAGGGAUUUAAUUUUAUUGGAAGCUUUAGAACUUUCUGGAACUUAGGCGAAACAUUUAGACACACUGAAUGAAGAUUCUGUGAGUCGCAAAAUUUUCUAGUUAGCGUCUUUCAAAGUUUUGUCUCGAAUUAAUAAUAUUUGAUGAAUCCUUGAAGCCCCAUUUCUCAAAGUUAAUUAGUUUUAGGGGCUUUCAAGAUUUUUAUCUGUAGUUCUGUCAUUUUUGAUCAAGUUCUAAAUUCGUCAGUGAAGCGCUUUAAUUUUUUCCACAUUCUAUGAAUAAUGUUUUGGAUUUUAACUCUAUAAAUAAAUUGAGAAAGUUACUUUCUUCAAAAUAUCGUUGAGCGGUUUUAAAAGUUGAAUUAACGUAAUUUAAUGAUUCGUUUAACAUUCGCGGCUGCGCUCCCACUCCAAUUACUGUACAUUACGCAAGCCACAAAGCAACACUAAGAUUUUAUUAUGGGUAAGCUGACACCCUGCUCCUCGUUUUGUUCCCACUAUUGUUCCCGUAAUUGACCGAUUGCAACUAAUUACAUUAGUCGGAAAAGGUGAAGAUUUCGGUGAGGACAAACAUAAUAACUUAACAUUUUGAAUAGUUUUUUUUAAGGAAUCCCAUAGUGGUCUUCAUACGAGAAAAAACAGCCAAUAAAAAAAGGCAAAAAGGUACCCUUUGUAUGGGUAAAAUUGAGGUGCUUCCUAUAGGGGUUUAGGGUCUGGACCCUAAGCUCAAGUGGUCUACAGGGACUGCCAAUUUUUCCGUUUAAUUUUAAAGAUUAAAAAAAUCAAACAUGGUAUAUUUUUUUCAUCUUUUUUUAUAUUUUUUUCUUUCGGAUAAUUUAUUGAGUUAUCCGCAUGAAAAUUCUUCUUUUUUAACAAUAAAUGACUAGCACUCCUCCUAUAGGGGCCAUUAACUAGAACCCCUAAGGGACCACUUUUGCAAUUAUUUUGUUCGAAAACGGUUGCUGAGACGCCAACUUUUCUGCGGGGGUCAUGAAUAUUAUUUUCUUCGUCGUGAGCACCGGAGGAAAACCCAGAGUUGUUUGCCGAUGAACCGACAGGAAACGACUUCUGAUGCCAGAUUACGCAACACGCCGCACUUGUCCUCAUCACUUGUGAGAGACACUGGCUGAAGUGCUCAAGGACAGACGCAUUAGGCAAGGCUUCCUCUCUCCUUAUCUCGACUGUCUAUCUUACCGGCUAAGCUAACGUUUUGUGCGGGUGUCACUCGUUUCUUUUCGUAAUUGCGCAACUUUUGGAUGGAGGUUUGAGGGAGACUGUAAUGAAGGAAGUUUCCAAAAAAGGAUGUUCUGAUGAAACUAUCAAAAUAAAGGCUAUGAUUUUAAUUAUGAUUUCAAAAAAGUAAAAAUAGAAGUUAUUCUUUUUUUUCGUAAUCGCACGACUUCUGGUUCCAGGUUUGAGGGAGACUGUAAUGGGUAAAAGUAUCCAGGAAAAAAAUUUUUACAAAAAGCGGAAAAAAAGAAAUCUGGAUCGCUGAUAAAAAUUGUUAAAAAUUAAUACUAUUUUUUUCUGUUAAGAGAGUGAUAAUAGAAAUUAUUUCUGCGGUUGGGGGAAUUAAACUUUGAAAAAAAUGGAAGUAAAGCUUGUAGAAAUGAGACCGUGUCAUGUCAGAAAUUGGAAACAGGAACAUAAUUUUUUUGUUGAACUUAUUUUAAAAAAAGAGAUUUAAACUUAUAAGAAAACACAUCUGAAGCUCUCGAAAAAACAAAACUUAUAGUCCUUGGCUCUUUCAGUAUUGUUGUUCGAUUCCGCUCCGUUGAUCAUUUGGAAAUCGGAGCACAACAGAUUUUUAAUGAGUGGAAGCUCCAGUUUCAGGACGAUCUGAUGGUUUACAUCCUUACAGGUGGCACUUUACCAACUUCUCGCGGGUCCUUCGUGUCGAUUGCGCAAUUCGACUCGAAGCGCGACCAAGUCCUCCCUCGAGGAGGUUGAUGAUAUGGCUGUCGGGGAAUCGGCUUCGAAUGCUUCGAUCGCCUCGAGCAGUGUUGGCGAGGAAGAAAGGUAAGAAGAAAAUCGAGCAGUUGAUAAAAAGAAAGAAAAGUCUCGAAAUCAGAAUUUUUCCCUCUAGGGCGCUGCGAAACAUUACUUUUUUUGAAGGGUCUUCAGAAACAAAAUCUUUUUUUUCUAUUAAAACCACGUGAUCGAUUAAAAAAUAAAGUUCGAACUCCAUCUGUAAAGCUUUCACUUUCAACGGUUUACUUGAAACUCACAAAUUGUCCCGACUAUAAAAACGCUCAAAAAUUUUAAUUUUGCGCCCGUUAUAAAUGCAAAAAUAAACAUAAAAAUUUUGAAAUUAAUGCAAAAAAACAAGUUUUAAUUAAAAAAGUUUUUUUAAAAGUUCCGUUCGAGUUUCUUUCUGUUAUAUUUUUUUCCAUCCAUUCAAAAAUUAACUUCUUUCGAACUUGGGAUCAAAGUUUUAUUUGGGGCUCUCCGCAUUAUGCCGUUUGAAACUUGAUGAAUCGCUCUUUUGAUUUCUUAACCUCAAACUAUUUUUGAAAGUUACGUCUUUCUUGGAUUCAAAAUUGGAUAUAUUUUUCAGUGUAUCGGCCUACUUCGAAGAGGUGCGAGCAGAUGACGUCGAAACGUUGCGCGAGUUGACUGUUAACUUCUACGGGCUUCAAAUUUUACCCAUCGAUGGAGAAAGUGAGGGCUUACUUCUUCGAAAUAACCUUUUUCUUUUGAUAAGAAUCCAGAAGAGUUAUUGAAAGUUUUAAACUUGAAGGUCGUUGUGAAUGACUUUCGUGGCGAUCAAUAGCCCUAUAUUGAUAAUUGCUGCUUUUCAGUACUUUCAUUCUGAGUUAUAACGAAUUUUUCGAUCUUAUCUUUCUAAUAUGAACUAAAAAACAUUUCUCUCAGCACAGUUGAGUUUUCGCUUUCGAUUCGAUUUCAAAAACACAUGUUGAUGGCGGUGGCGGAAAUCGACGGCCAGAUGGUUGGCGCUUGAAAUUUAGCGGCGCCUUACGAUGAGCUGUUUUUUUUUUCGCGUCUUAACUAUCUAGGCGUUUUUAAUUGGAUGGGCCUGUGCGUAAAUGAGAAUCACAGUAAAUGUCUCUCAUUCGAAAAAAUAACUCAGAUUUCAGGGUUUUUGAACAAAACUUUGUUUUUUUAGCCCAUGAGUUCAUGAUCCUGGAAGACGUGACGGCGUCGUACCGUCUGCCGGCGAUUCUCGACGUCAAGAUGGGCCUCGUCACUUAUGAUCCCAACGCUUCGGAGAGCAAAAAGACCAAGGAAACGGUCAAAUAUCCGCCGCAAGCCUUUUUGGGAUGCAGGCUGCUGGGAUAUAGGGUAAGACCAUUUUUCUGUCAGUGGAAAGAGCAAAAGAAAAAUUUUUAAAAGUCAUUUUUUAAGAUUUUGGUCAUUUGGAAAACAUUUAAGCCUCUGUAAAUACUGGAAAAGUUAUUGCUGAUAGUAGGGCCUUGGAGUUGAAAAACCCGAACUUUUUUUUUCAAAGACUACACAUCAAGUGAUCACUCAAGAGGUCUUAGCUUUUGUUAAGUGUAUCUUUGAAAGUGGAGGAAGCGCAUGCUUUGGACUCUUUGAUUUAUAGAAAACAGUCUCCCGAUUUCUUUUGGAAGGAUCAAUGAACUAUCCCGCAAUAAAAGGCUUAUGGGAUUUUUUUAAGUCCAAAGUAUUUUCAAAAAAACAAAGGAGAAGUUGCCAGAGGAUUUCCCAAACCAAAUCACGACGUUUAAAGCCAAAAAAACCAAACGGGCGUUUAUGGUAUUUCAUUCUGUCUUUACAAGCAUAUAUCCAUCUGAGAAAAGAUCCGUUGUUUUUUUGAAUGCCAAAGUGUCCCGAUACGGAUUUAUUGCGACCACUGACGUGUGCAGAAAUGCGAACACAUGCCGCCAGUCGUGACCGGCCGAAUGUCUCAAUUACCGGCGCUUCGGCACCUUCUGAAGGCGAUCUCGGAGCGAUUUAGUCGCGCGUAAUUGAGCUCGCCACCUUUUCGGGGUAACUGCGGCUGAGGAAUCUGGAGGAUUUGGUUUGAGGGUUUUCCGAAUAACUGAAGAAGCUAAGCUUACGUGUUAGUAGAUCAUUUAUUUACUUUUUGGUCCGUUGAACCAAGAAUCAGAUCAUUUGGAUCGUGAAAUUUUUUACCGAGAGGACCUGAUCUGGAAGAGCCCUUUUUUAAGGGCCUUUCUGAGAUUAUUAGAGGGCUUUCAGGACUUUUCUCGAGUUCUGUUCAAUCAAAAGAACUUACCGAACAACAAGAAGACUUGAGCCGGACUGACUUCAAAAAAAUUUCCUGCGUUCGAAGUCUUUAUUAAUUCCGCUUAUGCCUCUUUAAGCAAUCCAUCACUUUUUUGAAUUGAGAAACGUCGUCUGAGAACCACCUGUUGCAAAAAUGUCUCCGACGAUGAUUAGCACUCCAGAAAAGCAACCGAGAAGGUCAAUUUCGGUGACCGCAAUAUCCGGUUCCUAAAUGAGUGCAACAUGUCGACAGACGCAACUGAGCCGGGCAUAAAGAGCGCAGGUCAAUGGGCCGAAGUGGCUUCCACUCCGAAAUCCUCCAUUGUUCCACCCAAGUGCCGAUGAUUGUGCGUCGGAUCGCGCAUAUGCUCAUUAACCCCAUAAGUGAUGCCGCUUUUCAAAUUUUAAUCGUAUGGAACUUAUUGGAUUAAUUAUGCGCAGCUUGAGCUUUUUGAAAUUUUGCUCAAGUACUUUUCGAUGAAGUUGAUUAAAAUUCUGAAAGGGUCAGCCUGCAAAAAUUUCUAAUUUCGAUAUCACACACCUGAAAAAUUUCACGAUUUUUAUAGUGGAUUUUUCAAUUUUGAAACUUUGACACUAUCUGAAUCGAGAAGCUCAAAAGCUUUUCCCAGCAACUUCCUUGUUUUUAUCCACACCCACUUUAUCUUCCCAUGAGAAGAGAAUUUGAAUAUGUACAAGAUGACACCUGGGCUUAAAGCCGGCACACUCUAUGCCGGGCGAUUAGUAUCACAUUUCACAGGGGUUAACACGGUGCACGACCGGCGGAGUUUGUGAUGAGCCGCUUGGCCGUCGGCUUCUUCCCAUCUUUUUCGCGACACAGGGAUUUGCGCUUUUACGGUGGUCGUAUAGUGGAGAGUAUCUGGCGCUCCGCAGAGGCUCAAUUUACCGCCUCUUGUAACAGGUGGAUUUGAAUGAGACAUUUGUAUCGCUCACCAGUAACACGGGUUCGUAAAUCUAUGAUUUGUCAGUUGAGGACUUUAUAAAAGCCCUUGGAAGAACUUCCGAUAGGGCUAGAAUAUUUAGAAUAUUUCAUAGUUUUUAAGAUAGUAGUCGCAUCGAAGCAAAAACUGUGUAUUGGAUUAUUUUUAAAGCUGAAAUAGACAUAAAUUCAAAAACAGCAGGAGGAGGAUUUCAAAAUUAAGUUAGGAUAUCUAAAAUUACAUUUUGAAAAUAAAAAAGUCAUAAAAGGUUGAUGUUAUUGAAUGGAAGGAGCCUCACGACUGUCAGGUUUUUUUUUAUGAUGAUGAGCUUUUUUUAAUUCAAAAACCACUUCAGUCCUCUGCAGAGUUCAGGGAUAGCAUUAAGAAUAUUUGAAUCAGCCUCUUCGGAUCGUAUAACUUGUUUUUUAAAAUUAAGCCUAUUUUUUGAAGGAAAUAAGAAAAAUCCUUGAGCCUUUUCAGUGCGAAAUGUGGGUGAAAAAUUACAUGUCUUCAAUUUUCUCUCAGAAAUGAUUGACGAAGAUUGAAACUGUUAUAGACUCAAUUUUCAAACCGAAAAAGGUGGACUGAACGUGACACAGACCAUUUUCAUGGACCAUUGCACAAGACAGUAUACUUUAAUGUUCUUCCAAGCACCUGAACAUCAUUACUGAUGAUGGGUCUCUUUGUGUGGUUUGAAUCUUCAAAAGAUUUGAAAAAAGGUCGAAGAAGGGAUUUUUUUUUUGAACUUACCUUGAUGGGCGCUAGUCCAAUAUUACAUCAAAGAUCAUUUCAAUCUUCAAAUUCUGAAGACAAGGCUGUGGCUUUAAUUCAUUUUUUUCUGUUCCAUCUUCGGAAAAUUGUCCAUUGGUCAUUCGGAAAAACAUCAGGCUAAAGAGCGGCUCAAAAAAAAAGCCGCGGUAAGCGAUUUUAUCUUCGCUGUCAAAUGAUCCGCGUCUGACGGAAGUAGUCGCCGCCGCAGCGUUUCUUGCCAAUUAUCUGGCCACCGAGUCGGUGUGAAACCGAUAAGCGCCAAGAAUUGCGCAACGUCUUCAGUGAGGGUCUUCUUGGAGGACAAUUCUAAGUUCUGAAAAAAACUGAGGCUUCCAACUAGUAGAUAGUGUUUUACCUCCUAGUCGUAGCAAUUCCAGAAAUAGCGGCAUCUUUUAUGAAAUUCAGAUGGAGACCGUAAGCUUUGAAGUAUUAUCCAUUGAAGUUCGUAGCACGCAGAAGAGCCUACAAAUAAAAAGUUUGAAGUUUCUCGGUUACUUCUAAACUUUGAAUAUCAUAUAAAAUUUGAACUUCUGUUUUAUUUUUACUAUUCUUUUUCAGAUACAUGCGGCUCCCGGCCAAGUCGUAGUGAGAGACAAAGAUUGGGGAAAGUCCUUCGACGAAAAAACCUUCCCAAAUGGUGAGAUUCACGUUUUCUUCUUCCAUAAUUCGAACCUCAACUCUAGAAUUCACGAGAUAAAGCACCAAAAAAUGUUCCUCUACUAUUUUAGGUUUGCGAGAGUUUUUCUCCGGACGCUCAGGAGCCCCUGACCAAAACCAAGCCAUGAGAGAAGUCGUCCAUGAAGCGAUCACAGCGUUGGAGCCUAUCCGUCAGUUCUUCAAAGAUCAACGCUCCUUCCAGUUCUUCGCUUCCUCGCUUCUCUUCGUCUACGAGGCCGACAUCACAAAGCCCAUCAGAAUGCGCAUUGUCAUGAUUGGUUGGUUUAUUCCAUUUGAUUUCCACAAGAAUCUUAUUUCAGACUUUUCCCACGCUUUCUCCUCUUCCGGAAAGCCUGACGAGAACUACCUAGCCGGAUUAGAGAAAUUGAACCAAGAACUUGAGAAUUUUCUCGUAUGA